CACGGGAUGAGCAAAGCCGGCCUGCUCAGGGGCUGCAGGGAGCACUUCCCACCAUGAAUGGCUUCCCAAACUGCUCUGCCAACUACACCAAGAUCUGGAGUCACUACUUGGUGCUGGCCCUGGGCAUCCCCCAGCUGACCAUCAACGUCGCCUCCAUCAUCUUCAACUGUACCGUCAUCCUCACCCGCCUGGCCACCAGGGACCUGCACAAGCCCAUCUCCAUCCUCUUCUGCAACCUGGCCGUGUCCGACCUCUUCACCAGCUUCUCUGGCUUCUGGAUCUCCCUGCUCUUCAUCACCAACCCCGACAUCACCAUCUUCGGCUCGCGGGACAUGCUGGCGCCCUACGCCCUCUACACCACGUCCAUCCUCAGCACCAUCUACAACCUGGUGAGCAUCGGCAUCGAGCGCUACCUGGCCGUGGCCGAGAGCAUGAGGGCGAGGUUCAGGGUGGGCAGGACCCACUCCAUCGCCGUGGUCUUCAUCAACUGGCUGCUGGCCUUUUCCCUGGGCUGCCUGCCGCUGCUGGGCUGGAACUGCCUGCGGGCGGGGAGGAGCACCUCGGUGCUCUACAGCCCCUUCUGCGUCAGCUACCUCGUCUUCAUCACCCUGCCCAACGUGGUGCUGGCCUUCCUCGUGCCUCUCUUCACCUACCUGCGGAUCAUCAUCAUCCUCAGGAAGAGGAAGCUGAGGAUGCAGGCGUGCGGCCAGGCCACGGGCACCUACAGGUCAGCGGAGACGCAGGUGGCCAGGACCAGCAUCUCCAUCUGGCUGCUGGCGCUGGUGUCCUACGCGCCCUUCUCCGCCGGCGUCAUCUUCGACGCCGCCAACCGGCGCUGCCACGCCGAGCUCUACCCCGGCGCGUACAUCUUCAGGAACUGCACGGCCAUGCUCAUCACCCUCACCUGCCUGGGCAACCCCCUGCUCUACACGCUGCGCCUGCGGGGGCUGCGGGCACGGCUGAAGGCGCUGCGCUGCCCCUCGGCCAACCGCGUCCGCGCCGUGCACGGCGCCUGA